CCAAAAGUGUAUCAAAUGUUUUAGAUUUGUAUCACAAUAAGGAUAUCGAGGGGGGGGGGGUCCCUGGGACCCCCACACUAUUUUGGAUAAACCAAACGUCAGUCUUAAUAGGGUUAAAGUUGCGCUUGUUUUAUAUCUUGCAUUUAAAAUGAAUAUUUUAGUUUACAGUAUAAUUUAACUAUUGAUUUAUUAUUUAUGAUAUACUGUUGAAGGAGGAUGUCCUAUUUGAUUAACUGAUAAUAUUGGUUUCAUGAGACAGUAUGAGUCUAGUAACCAAGUAGAAUGGAAAAUAAACAUAACAGACCAAUGGAGCCAGGUGGGCGGGCAUCAGCUGAUCCAGCAGAAUCCACAUCUACGUCUAAAGAAGCUCUGGAGGUUCAAUCUCGGAAGGUUUCUCAGCUAUCUAUCGAUUCUUGGUCUCAAACAGAAGAUGAGUCUGAGGGAGAUACCAAAGCCAGGACAAGACUAUUAAAAAGAUCAAACCUCAGGGGUAAGAAGAAAAAAGCAGGAGUUGGUGUUGAUAUUUCAAAUCUAUUUGGAUCAGAGAUAAAUAUUCGUGCUAAAGAAUCUGCAGAGGAGCUGAGGCAAACAAAGGACAAAAUAUCUCUAAUGAGCAGAGAUAGGACCGGAGCUAGGAGGAAGUAUGGAGGAGUUUGGGGGAGGGAAUCUACAGGAAUGUAUAAUCUCUACAAAAUAUGA